CGAUGUUAUGUUUUUAUAUUUUCAAACAAAAUAAAUAAAUUUUAACUUAACCAAUUCAAAAUCUAUAAAGGCAAGUCUAAAUAACAUUUUACUCGUAAAACACAAAUAUCAUGGAAGGAAAGGCAGGCAAAAAGAAGCUCAUCGAGAAGUACGAGAUGCCACUGAGCCAUUUGGAUUUCACUUAUGUUCGGGAAUGUAAAAAUGUACGAGAAAUGGAAAAAAUCGUCAAAAUUUUACGUUCCGGCGAAGAAGGCCAUUUUCCCGAUCUCACAAAAUGUGCAGAGGACAAAUUGCGCGAACUCAAACCAAAUAGUCGUCUAUUUCGCUAUGAAGAACAGCUACGCGGUCGUGAAGCGCUCACCAAUCAAGAAUGGAAACCAAUUUUCGAAUGGACAAAUAGCAUCAAAGUCAAAGAAAGCGAAUUGUCUGCAGCUGCAGCUGAAAAGACGGCAGCCGACCUCGGAGUGCCACCAGUGCGUAAGAGUGGCACCAUUAAAGAGUCAGUCGAAAAGAUAAAGCCGAAGAUACCACAAAGCAAUAUUGAAAGCACCGUAGCAGCCUCAAAAUCUGUAAAUAAGUCGACCGACUACCAAAAAUGGAGUAAAUACGAUGCGGAUGAAGAGUGUUUGCGCAUGGAAUUGGCUGAUGAGCGCAUGCAGGAGGAGGUGGAACGUAAAAAUCGCCUCAAUAAGCAAAAGUCUAAAAUGCAACCAAUUCCCGAAGGCAGUCAUACCGCUGCCAAUUCCGCCAAGCAGGCGGAAAUGAUGAGCAAACUCACUGCAGUGGAACGCGAACGACUAGCCGAGCAAUAUCGACUGCGCGGUAACGAAUAUUUUCGCGCUAAGGAAUAUGAAAAAGCCAUUGAAGAGUAUGAUCGCUCGAUUACGGUAUGUCCGGAGAAAGCGGCACCAGCUCACAACAAUCGCGCCGCAGCAAAUAUAAAGCUUAAAUGGUAUACCAAAGCCAUCAAAGAUUGUGAGCUAUGCCUUCGACUGGAACCAGAUAACUUGAAGGCUCGUUUGAGGCUAGCAGAAGCCACAUAUUGCGACGGAAGAAGGCAAGAGUCCUACGCCCUAUACAUGAAAGUGUUGGAGUUGGAGCCGCAAAAUGCUGCCGCCUUAAAAGCCAUAACGCAACUGCGAAGUCUAUUUGUUGAAUUGCCACCACCAAAUGCCACCCGCCUACAGAUUGUGGAGGACAAUAAACGCAGAACUACAGAGCAAGACAUCCAUUCGAAAGCAGCAGAGAAAAGCAGCAUAGCUGAGAAACCAGCCGCUAAAUCAACACAAUCAUCAGAAUCUUCAUCUUCAACUGCUAUCUCAAAUUCACCAAAAACUAAACCGAUUGAUUAUGAUUUAUCAGAUUUAAUUAAACCAAAUCGGUUAGUCAAAAAUAAAUUAGCCACCGCAGCAGCUGCACUAAGCAAUAUGCAGGCCACCAGAGUACAAAAGCAACAAAGUGCGCAAAAUAAAUCCUCGCCGGCAGUGGAAACGACAACAUUUCAACCCGAUUUGAGGCUACCGAGUAACGCACCUAAAAUGAGUGGAAAAUUGUUGAUCGAAGAGAUUUAAAAAAAAUAGCAACUUCAAACCAGAUAUGAAGCUGACUAAAAAAUACUGCAUCAAUACCUUAAGAAUUUAACAAAACGCACUUAAUCUAAAAAAGAUUUGGUGCAAAAUAUAGUAAAAUAAAAAAACAUGCAUAAUAUAACAAAUAUGUAUGUACAAGCUGGCACAAAAUUUAUCAUCCAAUUUUGUUUCUGAAUAACUUUUCCACUAAAUAAAAAAAAUGUUCGCAAAAAUAUAUCGCAAA